CCGCCGGCCACCGGGCACCGCUCGCCAGACUCCGCCGGCCGCAGUAUCGCCGCACGCUCCACGCCGAACACCAGCCGCGCCAUGCCUCCGGACUCCAAGACUCUGCUGUUCUUCGCUAUCUGUUUGGUGACAGCAGUCGCCAAACCUCCACCUGGAUACGUGAAAAAGCCGGACCAAGAUGAGCACCCGCCGCGCUACGAGUUCGGCUACGAGGUGCGCGACGAGCAGGGCGCGCGCCAGGGCCACGAGGAGGCUCGCGACGGCGAGCACGCGGCCGGCCGCUACUUCGUCGCGCUGCCCGACGGCAGCACGCAGACCGUCAGCUACACCGCCGACGACUGGGGCUUCCACCCGCUCGUCUCCUACUCGCGUUCCUCACAGACCUCCGCCAGCAGCGCCCGCAUCGCGCUGGGCGAGGAGGCCGUCGCCGCGCUGCACGGCAAGCAAGUUGGGAAGAAACUGAAACUUCCGAGUUCCAAAGCAGCUGUCCAGCCGCAGGCGACAGUAGGAGCCACUGUGGUGCAACCAGUCGUCCCAGUUUCUCCAGCAGUGACCGUAGUUACUCCCUCUCCCGUGGCGCAGGCGACGCCAGUAUCAGCCGUGGUGUUGCCCGCCAACCAACAGCAGGAGCAAGUGGUGGCUGUCACUGCCGGAGGGUCCGCAGCGUCGACCUACCAGCAGCAGAACGGCGUCUAUCAGCAGCAGGGCGCUGCCUACCAACAGGCCGGGGCUGGAGUCUCCUCAGCCUUCCAGAGGCAGGGCGCCGCCAUCACUGUACCUGUAGCGGCCCAGAUCAACGCGCUGGCCCAGGAAGGCUCGUCUGGAGCCGAAUCCGUUCAAGUAGCAGGCCUCCAGCAGCAGCAGUACUUAGUCGCACCAGCUGCCCAGCAAGUACUUGUUUCCACAGCAGACCAAGCGUCGCAGGCGGUCGUCUCAGAAAGCAUCACAGGAAGGCGGCCCAGUUAUGUACCAGGAAUACAGCGAGUCAGAACGCAGCCGACGUUAUACCAGUCUGUAGCCUCUGGUGCCGGAGGUUCCCAGCAGCAAGCCUACACUGGGAUAUCGAAUGCAGGACUGAACUCAUAUUCUUACCAAGAUGCGGCCGUGCAGGGCGUCAGUGUGAAAUCCAGUGGUGCAUCAGGCUACCAGUCUGCUGCCACAGGAGGAACGACAGUACUCACAACAACACCGUCACCUCUGUUGAUACAGACCACACCUGGUCCAUAUGCGCAAACAGAAAAUUCACUAGUUACCACCACUGGAGUACCAAUUUUAUCUGCUCAGCAAGAGCAGCAGGGAUCAGGUGUUGACACAGUGUCGACACUCGUUGUCCCUUCACAGCCGCCGCAGUUCGCUCAAGUUGUCGCUGCGCAAGCGCAGGAAGUAGCUGGAGUACAAAGUGUAGGCUAUCAAGCAGUGAACAAUUACCAGGCUACAGCUGGUGGGGUUGAAUAUAAUUCAGUGAACAGUCUCCCUACGCCUCAGGCUUUAAUUUCACCUUACGAUAAUAGAGGUGGCGCUCAGAUUUCAUCUUACGUUGCUGACGCAAAUGCGGCGUUGUUAUAUGGCUCAAAGAAACCGGUCCGAUUGCCAAACGUGGGAAGUACCCUAUCGACUGCUCAAGCCUCAGCUUAUAAAGAGGGCAGCAACCAAGUUGUCGAAUACAACGCUGUAACACCCGCAAGCGUCAGAACGUCCUUGAGACCCAUUGUCGUGGCUGACUUCCAAGAGAGCCAGCAGAACAUCGCCACAGUCACACCGUCUCCAUUAGGUGUUUCAUAUUCGAGCACACCAUCUACCCCAAUAGUGGUGCCCGAUUUCAGCUCUUCCGCAGCAGGUUCAGCGUCUUCUGGCUCGUACUCUGGUUAUUCAGAGCAAGAAACUCAUGUCAGUACCCAACGGCCCAUAAUUGUCGAGUCCAGCACCACUUCAGGCUUAUAUACCGCCAGUCCAACUGCAAGUUCUUUGGACGUCGUGACCAUCACACCGAGGCCCGAAGUGCUGUCAGUUCCUUCUGCCCUGGGAUCGUCGAGUCAGAAGCUCAGUAAAUAUGCAGUACAGGGGCGCUUAUCGUCUUCUCAGUCAAGAUUUGGAGCUAAACUUAGAAGACCUUACUACUCAACAACGCCAGCUCCCCCACAGGUGACGGAGAAAGUUGAGGAGGAAUCCUCGAAUGUGGUAAUAUCUCAGAAUUCAAUACCAGCAGAGUACAAUUAUGACCAAAAUGAAGGAUUUCGCCUUCAAACAUCUCUGCCUACCAUUUCUUCCACGCCUGCUCCAGUAAUUUACAGUGAACAGUCAAGCGAGGAGGAAUCUAACGUCCAAAUAAAUGUUAACCAAGUUGACAACGGAGUGCAGGUACAACAGGAUCAGCAACAGCUCCUCUUGGAAGCGGUCAAUGGACUGCAGUACGAUAUUGGCAAGUUACAGGAGCAAGCCGUUAUUAAGACGAGAGAAGAGGAGGAACUCCUUCGGCAAGAGAAACUGAGAGCGCAACACCAGGUACAGCUGAUUAAGCAAGCUCUGGCCGAAACUGACGCCAAGUUGAAGGAACAGUCGUUGAAAGAGGAGCAGUUGCGAGCGCAGAUACAGGCCGAGAAACAGGCCAUCCAGAGUCAGCAGUCGUUGUCUUAUAGCGUGGGGUCAGUCGCUCAGGGGCAGUACCAACCAGUGGUGAACCGCAUACCGAGGCCAGAGUUGGUCGCCGAGACUGUAGUGCAGUCUUCCUACAACACGCAAGCCGGUGGCGCCACAGUAGAGAAUUUCCCUCCUGUCAAGUACGUUAUACAGAGCAACGCAGAAGAACAACUGCAGCCGAUCGACGCCUACCAGACUGGUAAAGUCCUCCAGCCGAGCCUGAGAGUGACGCCACUCCAGCCGGCGCUCGUGAACCCCAUCGGGCCCGGCGGGCUGUACCUGGUGUACGGAGGGAGGGUCCAACCGGUGGGCAGGCUGCCCGUGUUGUACGGCCAGCAGAGCUACGUGGACGCGAACCUGCUCAAGGCGCAGCAGCAGCAGCAGACCUCUCUCAACUUCUUGGCCGACCUGCAGAAACAGGUGCAGGCCCAAUACCGGCAGGGGCUUGUGGUCGACGCCGGCGCGUCGCUGCCCGCGGUGAAGCAGCAGCUGACCUCGGGGCUGGUGGAGGCCCGGGUCCGCCAGCACGAGGCCGGCUCCAGCCCCAUCCGGCAGCUGCUGGAAGGCGAGAAGGAGAGCGCGGACAAGCACUCGGCCGAGGACGACCGGCCGCGCAUCACCAUCGAGCAGACCAAGUACGUCGAGGUGCAGAGGCCGCUGCCGCUGCCGCAGCCGACGGCACUCCCCGUGCCUUACCCUUUGCCGCAUCCAAUACAGGUGCCGCUUCAGCAACUGUUGCCGCUUCCACCGUUGACACACUUGCCGUACAGGGAGUACCAGACGCUGUUUCCGACCAGGGCAGGCGCACCUAAGGCCAUCAACUUCGGCCUUGCGGAGUUGUACCACGGACACGCAGACUUUAGGGGAGAGAGGUACGGCGUGCCGCGGCAGCGCCUGCGGCCCGCUCCCAGCUACUAUUCGGCGCGCGGUCCCGCCCCCGGCCAGAAGACCGGCCGCAGGAGGCCAGCGGCCUACCAGCGCGGCCAGCUGCGCAAGCUGUGCAUCGAGUACGGCGGCUUCAAGCCGCCCAUCGUGCCCUCGCAGCAGAUCGACGACGACGACGCUCUCGACGUGGCCGCGUCGUCCGCCGCCGCCGCCGCAGCCGCCUCCGGCGCCAAGGAGUGACCUGGAGGCCUCUGCAGCUGAGGGGCGGCGCCGUCCGCCGCGUCAGACCGACUGACCAAUCGCGAAAACCGUCACCGCCGUGGCCGCGAGUCGCGCAGUGUUUCGGUUGCAGCAUGAGAGACACACUACAUACCGCUGGUUCACACUAGCCAGUUCAUUAAAUCCAGUCACCUGUGACUCAGUGGCCAAAUGCUCCCCAACACAAUUUAUUUAUCACAAUGUCUCGGCAAAAUUAUUUGUUUACCUUUCGAUUCAGAAAUUAUCAUGCGUGUGUUCCCCUCCGUUAAACGGGAUGGGCAAAAUAUAGCUGGGCUGGAAAUAUUUCAUGUACCAUACGAUAGGCAGCCCAACUUACUUAUAUCAUCCACUCACUUAUAUCAUCCGACUUGGGCUGCCUACCUUAGGUGCAUAAAAUGUUUUCUGUUCCAGUUUUUCUUUCCCCGCUCCACCUGUAUUGAAGUGCCAUCCUGUCUGGUGAUAUUUACUUGUCAAAUGCCCCAGUGUAAGAUAACCUUUAUGAUAUCUUUGAUUAUUAUAUAGUUUUGACUUUGCCCUACUGACCGUUACCUAUAACUGCAAAUCUUCGUUAUCACUAAAAUUCAUUUCUUUUCGUUGGGAUGACUAAACAGGAAAAUGGUUAUUAAUUGCUCCAAACAGCUUACUCUAUACUCAUCACACGCAAUGAAUAUAAGGAUAGUAAAUAUAAAGGGUGGUCAGAAAAUGUGUGAAAUGGUUGUAGGGAUAUUACAGGGCAGGUUGUACUGAGACAUAAAUGUUAAGAAAGAAAUUCGAUACGUUGCGCCGUUUCUGAGUUAUUUAGCAUUGAAGGUAGCCGUAAAUUCAAGUUUCAGCUAACGAGACAAAACACUUGUUAGGCAACACCGAUCCUGGCAGGCCGAUUGAAUGCGAGCGCGCGACGCCCCGAUUGGCUAAAUUCUAUGCUAAAUAACUCGGAAACGGAGCAACGUAUCGAAUUUCUUUCUCAACAUUUAUGUCUCAGUACAACCUGCCCUGUAAUAUCCCUACAAGCAUUUUCUGACUACCCUGUAUAAAUCACGUGCCAGGUGAGGAUGUAGUCUCUUCACACACUGUACAAGUGGAGACUCGAAUACGAACUGCUUAUUUCAAUAGUGGUACAAGUCCAUUACCUCCACUUUUCUGUCUAUAGUGCUUCUGACAUUGACGGUCCAAACAAACAGAAAGAAAGGUUCAUCUCUAGCAACAAGCCAUAUGCUUGAAUAUUUCUAGUAUCUCAACUGCAGAUUUUUCAGCGCUCAUUUAACUUCAGGACUCUGUAUCUCAGAAUGAAGAAAAAUGGUCUUGUGCCACUAUUGAAAUAAGCCCUUCAUAUGUACCCUUACACCAACUCACCGAAUGACCAGACUUGGUCAGGUAGGAGCACUUUCUAAGUUUUCUAAGUCCACCAGUAACUCCUCUUCAUUCAGCGCUUCCCUAACAGUUAUCUCUCUCGCAUUUAUGGAUCGGCAAUCACGGAUUGUUGUAAUGAAGACAUGCCAUUUUCUGUGUGUGUUGCUCAGCGUAAAUAUCUCACUACAUUCUAAACUGCUUAGUAGCAAAGUCAAUGAGAAGGGUACUGGAAUGAAUUACUGGCCACUGGAUUAAAUUACUAGAUUAAUGUGAACCAGCCUAUUGUACCAGCUCCCCUUUAUAAAGAGUUUCUCAUAGGAAAUCGGGUUGUUGGAGCAAUAAUUUGCAACCAACAGGCGGUAUGAAGAAUUUUUUUUACCACAGUGGUAUUUAAUUAUCAGCAAGGCAUAAUCACAACAUUUUCUAACCUCUUUAGAUACAUCGUUCUCAACUAAAUUACAGCAUUUCAGACCAGGUAAAAGUUCCUUUUAGUUAUGCAUAUUUAUCGACAUUUCUGGGUGCUGUGACAUAUUCCAAGUCUUUUUCAUAACACAUUAACUUCAUUUAAUAUUAAAAAGACGUUUUUUCUAUUGCAUCAUACUACAUAAAUUGGUCUUGAGAAUUAAAUGUCAUUCAGUCAGUUACACCAUUUCUGAAACAUAUAACUUGACUGUGGUCUGUGUAGGAGACUGUAGCAAACACUUAUUUAGAAAAUUAUGUCGCUUUUGAUUUCAUUCUCAUUCGGGGAUCGUCUUUAUGCUGGCACGAAUUUAACAUCUUCUGAAUAUUUAGUGUUUCUAUUCCUUAUCUAUUAUAUUAUCUGGGAAGUAACAGUCAUCACCCUCAGAGCAAUGAUUUCACUAAAAUUAAACAUUCCUAAUUGGAACAAUUUCGUCUUCAGUAAAUCAUUUUUAUUCAUCAGCGGCUGUGAAAGCCUUGCCUGCAACAGCAUCAGAUGACAAGACAGUGCUCUGCAAAGUUCUUCAAAACCCACAAAUGCAUGUCUGAAGCUGACUUAUGAAAUUCGAAACCAAACACAACCAUAAAAUGUACUUUUUCUGGGAUGUGAAGAAUGGUUGUGAUGAAUAUUUAGAAACUCCUUUUACUUAAAUGAAUUAUCGUUCAUCUAUCAUGGUUUGAAGUACUGAUAUCUGCCAUUAAUAGACGGGAAUAAAACGAACAUCAAUGAAACACUUUCAUUGAAAGUAUGGUGUUCCGUGCAUUCUGUAGCAAUAUCUGCUUGAUGUGUCAUUUCUCUGUUUUUCCCUGUGAUGUCUGUAACUUACUAUCCCAAAUUCUGAAAAACGAGUCAACCAUUGUUUUCACAACUCCUAGUCUUCUUGUUUGUAUAGUAGUAAGAUUCAAUUUGCAAUCGGGGAACCCUUCAUCACAUAUUACAUAAUCUUUUCAUUUAUCAUGAUUUUAAAUAUUUUUCAUCAUGUGUAGCGUAAGCAUAGGCAGCGUAUGUUAAGUCUGGACGGUGCACAUAAUGUAGGAGGACCUUCAGAUGUGUAGGUGGGGACAGUAUAUUUAAGGUUGAGAGGUGAUACUUGUACCUGUAACUACCUGUAAAUAAGUUAUUUUUACUCUGUCAUAGUAUUAAUACUUCACUGGAAUUUGUACAACAAUAUAAACUAAUCAUUUUUACUUUUUUUACUCACUUAAUCGUUUUUUAAUUCUGUUAACAAAACAGAACUCAUGUGUAUAGAGAAGUUGUACUAUUUUUAUAAUAAAGAUCUGACGUUUUUCGUA